ACCAUGACGCUACUGAAUUGAAGGGGCGCUUCGGUAGCGUGGCCUUUUCAGGAGGAGUUCCCGAAAUCCCGAGACCCUAUUGGCUGCAGUCUCCCAGUAGAUUGGGCGAGCUUUGUCUGAAGUAAACAUCGAGCAGAGGACUGUGGAGUAUGAACCCUGUCAAGAAGCCCACCUGCAACGGACACUAAGUUUACACCCCGGCGAGUAAAAUGGCAUCGUGUGAAGAUCCUUCCAGCUGCAGGCCUGAGCAAGGGGUGGAGUUUAUUGACCUCCUGGAGGAAAGGAGGCAGGGCAGUGACAUAGGCCACGCCUUCCGGACAUUUAACCCCUCCCCCUACAGACAAUCCCCAACCCUGACAGCAAGUGCCCUCAACAGGAUCGUACUGGAAUCACAGUAUCUACGAUAUGUAACACAAGAGGUGGCCACGGAGACUGGUGACAGUGUGGAUCUGGUGAGAGAGGAAGCUUCUCGAAUCAUGGAGGAGAUGAGUCAGAACCUUCAGCUGGGAUUCGUCAGACUGCUGGGUUUUGCCCUCAGUAAAGUCUUCAAGAGACUGUUCAGCCACAUCAAUGUCAACCCAGAGGGUCUCAACAGGCUCCAACAGGCCAUUCAGGAGUCUCCAGUGAUCCUGAUGCCCAAUCACAGGAGUUAUGUGGACUUCCUGGUUCUCUCUUACAUCCUGUUCACCUAUGACCUGCCCAUACCCGUCAUAGCUGCUGGAAUCCCUCUGAUGGACAUGAAGAUGAUAGGAGAGGUAUUUCGUCGUUCCGGCGCUUUCUUCAUCAGGAGGGCAAUUGGGACGGAUAAGCUGUACUGGGCUGUCCUCUCUGAAUACGUCAAAACCAUUGUCAAGACAAGAUAUGCUCCGCUGGAGUUCUAUGUGGAAGGACUGAGGAGCAGGACGCUGAAGUCCCUCACACCCAAGUUAGGUAUGAUGCACAUGGUUCUGGAGCCGUUCUUUAAAGGAGAGGUGUAUGACACCAUGCUAAUGCCCAUCAGUAUCAGCUAUGACCGGGUCCUUGAGGAGUCGCUGCUGGCCCAUGAACUCCUAGGCGUCCCCAAGCCCAAAGAAACCACCAUGGGCCUGUUAAAAGCCAGACAGGUGCUCGAUGAGGACUAUGGUAGUAUGCAUGUGUACUUCGGCACGCCGUUGUCCAUCAGGAAGCUGAGUCAGGGGAGGGUGGACCGCUGCCAUUACAAUCUCAUUCCCAGAGACCUUCCCCAGAGACCCAGUGCUGAGACCCAGGUGUGUGUGAGCUGGCUCGCUCAGCAUGUCAUACGUGUCCAGGAACAGGGCACGGUCCUCAGCCCCUGGUCCCUCAUAGCCUGCCUACUCCUCCAGGACCUUCAGGAGUCUCACUCAGUCCCACCAGGACGAGAACCAGAGACAGGCCUGGCAUUGGACCUGCUCACCCAGAGAACACUGUGGCUUAAAGGGCUGGCGCUCCACUUCGGCGCUCGCCUGGACUGGCCUGAGAAACUUCCUGACCACCAGGUGAUGUCAUCUAGCAUUGCCCGGCAUCAAUCUGUGAUUCGCUGUAACCAGGGGCGUGUCGUAUUUCUGGAGGAGGAGGAGGGAUAUAUGGGGUUUGGGCUUCCUAAAGGGGAGGAGAGUGUGUUCAGGAGGGCGGGGCCGGUGCUUAUGGCUGCAGCCUAUAGGAACCAGGCAUUACACCUGUUUGUCCGUCCAGCCAUGGUGGUCCUGGCCGUGCACGCUACAUCCAGCUCACAGAGAGAGGAUGUCUACAGCUACUUCAGGUUCCUCCUAGACCUCUUCUCCAAUGAGUUUGUCUUUAUCACAGACAGGUCCUACAAGGACUUUGAGGAGUCAUGCUCUUCACUCAGGGAAUGUGGAGCUAUCCAGACCAGCCAACAGGAAGUGACAUCACCAGAAAAGGGUCAGAAGACUACUUCCUUCCUGCGAGCCCUAUUGCAGCCCUUCAUAGACACCUACCAGGUGGUGUUCAGUCACUUAUGUGAGGAGAGUGUUGAGGUGUUCACUGAGAAACAGAUGGUUCCUGCUGUCCGUAGCCUAGCGACCAAACUCCUCCUCUCAGGAGAGUUGAGGUCUUACGAAGCACUGUCAUCAGACACCCUGAAGAAUGUCCUCUCAGCACUACUGAGGCUGGGCGCCGUGACUCGGCUCAGAACUGCGGAGCAGAGUGAGUUCAGAGCCCACAAGCCAGCCAUAAGGAGAAUAGCAGAUACGCUGAUGGGCAGAAUUACCCCCCCGCUGGUUCAGACUGUCCCUGGCCCCAGACUGUGACCCCACUACCUGCCAUUACCCCAGACAGACUACACUGGGCCUGUAGCGCUGAUCUAGGACCAAGUCACCUCUGUCCUUGAUAAUCUUCAUAAUUCGGACCUUGCAUCAGGUCGUUCUUGAUUAUUUUACUAACUCUGUUUCAGGAUUAGGUCUCCGUCUUUCCAUUUUAGGUCAUAUUAAUAAUAAUGAUCUAAAAGGCCAAACUGACCCUAGGUCAGUGGUCGUUCUCUCUGGGAAACUUCAUAGAAACAGCUCUCUCUGUGUUUGUGUUCACUGGGGAGGUUUGAGGGCGGGAUCUCUCUGCUGCUCAGCGUCAUCUGACAUCUAGUCUAUGGCACUGUAACAACGGGAAUGCUAGGACCUCGUGCACUUCUGACCUCACAUAGGCCUGUCCAGGUCUCCUUAAAUAAUGGUUUGGGUUUGGUGGCCGUAGAGAAAGAUUGAGAGAUUUUUUUGUAGUGUUGAGGUGUUUGUCUUCUGAAGACCACUAGGUGGCAGUCUAACCACUGAGUAAAUACAGUAUUGUAGUUGUCAAGAUUAAUGUAAUGAAUCAUAUAUGCAAUAACCUAUAAGAGAUGCAAUGUUUGAAUUGGAUUGUUUUAGACAAUUUUUUUAUUUGAUUUCAAGAUGUGAGUUCUUUAAUAAAAAUCAAUUUCACAUCAUA